AUGAAUACUUUAAUGGGGAUUUUAAUACAAUCCCUAUUAGCAACUCAGUGUCAGAUAUCGCCGGCCAGACAAUGGCCACCAGAUUUUGCCGCAAAAGCUUUAGGAAAUGAUUUACCGUCAUAUGAUUUUGUUGUGGUGGGAGCUGGUUCAGCAGGAUCUUUUGUAGCCAGUGAGUUAAGCAGAAUUGCGAAUUGGAGUGUAUUGGUGUUGGAGGAAGGUGGUGAUCCACCACAAGAAUCAGAGGUACCCAGUUUAUUCUCAGUCUUACAACACACGGACUAUGCUUACAAUACAUUGAUACAACCGAAUGGACGUUCUUGUAAGGCCUCUAAGAAAGGUCAAUGUAGAUCGUGCCGUGGCAAACUAAUUGGUGGUGGUGGCUCUAUAAAUGCCAUGCUUUAUGUGCGUGGCAAUCGUGCAGAUUAUGACGGUUGGUUGGCUGAAGGCAACACAGGUUGGGGCUACGAUGAUGUCUGGCCUUAUUUUAAGGCACUAGAACGUGCCGAUGGCAAUAUAACACACCCUCAAAGUUAUUUAGCUAUAAAUGAAUUUCCCCUAUAUGAUGAGGACAUUUUUCAAAUGAUUUAUAAUGCUGGCGAAGAAUUAGGUCUUGCUCAUAUAGAAGACUUCCUAGAGCCCUUUUACACUGGUUACGCUCAAGUCAAGGGCACUAUAGAAAAUGGCCGUCGGGCAAGUACAGCCAAGACAUUUUUGAGUAGAGUCUCGCAAAGAUCUAAUUUACAAGUUAUUAAAAAUGCUCGUGUUACCAAAUUGAAUUUUGAUGCUAAAGGUAAACGGGUUUUAAGCAUAGAUUUCAUAGUUCAAGGUUUACAUUCCUUAAAUGUCAAAGUUAAUAAAGAAGCUAUAUUAACCGCAGGUAGCAUAGGUACUCCCCAAAUACUUAUGUUAUCUGGAGUAGGUCCGUCAGAGGUUUUAAAACCCUUAAAUAUUCCCGUUAUACGCCAUUUACCUAUAGGUCAGAAUUUACAAGAUCAUGUUAUGGCUGGCUUUUUUGUGGCUUUUGAUAGUCAAACAGCUGAUCAAACUAAUAUGUUAGAUAAACUUUUUGAAUAUUUAGUGCACAGCAAAGGUCCGUUAAGUGCUCUUGGUACCACUUCACUGGUUGGUUUUAUGAAUACUGAUCCCCAUAGCGACAGUCCCUAUCCUGAUGUUGAAAUGUAUCAUACAGCACUUCGCAAAGGUGAUAUUAUGGGUAUGAGCAUUUUCACGCAAGCCUUUGCCAUGUCACAGGAAAUGGUGGCAUAUUUUAUGAAAGCCAUACUUUUUCACGAUAUUUUGGGAGUAUUUAUGAUGUGUUUACAUCCAAAAUCUAGAGGCUCUGUAACUUUAUCAUCUUCUUCUUAUCUAGAUGAACCCAUUAUAGAUACAAAUUAUCUGCAACAGCCAGAAGAUUUAGAAGUACUUUUACGUGCCGCCAAAUAUAUGGAACGCUUGGAAAAUUCCACCGCUUUUCGGCAGAAAAAUGCUCAUAUUUUACAUAUACCUAUAGCAGAAUGUGAUGUUUAUGAUUUUAAGUCGCCAGAUUAUUGGAAAUGUUAUAUUUCUUAUUAUACUAUGAGUGGUUAUCAUUAUGUUGGUACUGUUAAAAUGGCACCAAGUAACGAUACAUCGUCCUGUGUAAAUCAUCGUUUGAAAGUUAAAGGUUUUGAUAAUCUUCGUGUUGCCGAUGCUUCUAUAAUGCCCUCUAUUACCAGUGCCAAUACAAAUGGACCAACGAUAAUGAUUGCCAAAAAGGCUUCGGAUAUUAUUAAAGAAGAUUGGAAGGAGGACUAGAUUUGUAAGUUGCAUUA